GCGGAGGAGGUCGUGAUGCGCCGGUGACGUACAUGCGGGAGUUCUUAUGCUGCGCUGCCGCAGCCGAGCUGGGAGAGAGAGAGAGGAGGGGGAAGGCACGGGCAUUCGGAGAGGACAAGCCAUUAGCACGGCUAAAAUAAGCCAGAAAUCUAAAAUAAUUCACGAUAAAUCGGGAAAAACAACGACACCAACAGCAACAACAAAAAAAAUUAAAUUAAUAAUUGGCACGCCAGGCUGAAUUUAAACCCCUCCUCUCUUGCUGUUAUAUAAAUAGGCUUAUUAUAUAUACUGUACAUUUUCCUCAUUGUUUAUUGUCCAUUAAAUAUAGAAAAAAGGAAACCUACAGUCAUUAUUUUACAUUUUUCCGAACCUAUAUUUUUUACACAAAUAAAUGGGUGAUUACGGGUUCGGCUUGUUGCAAACGGCUAACAUUAACAACAGCUCUUCGAUCUUUGGUGGAGGCGCUUUCAGGUCGUACACGACCCCCUCUCCAGUUUCGAGUGCCCGGGUCUCCCCCGUCACAGUCAGCGGCUUCUCGGUGUCCGCCAGCAGUAGCGCAGCCGCCGUGUCCUCGCUGUUCCUGUCAGCCGCUGCGCAUCAGCAAAAAAUGCCGGAUGAGCUGGUCGUGGGGGUGAAAACCGCGCAGCAGUCUCCGCCAGUCGAGAAAAGCAACAGCAACAACGCAGCCAACAAAACCGGACAACAGCAACCAGGGAGCAACAACAACCGCUGCCCCGACUUCGGCAACCAUUUGGGGCAGAAGAUACUGGACUACAACCACCUCAACCACCAUCAGCAGCAGCUGUCUGAUUUUAAGGCGAGCGUAAAUCAAGACAAGUUCGGUCAGACGCAGCACAUCUGUGACCUUCAGCAGGACCGGAAAAAAGCGACGCAGAUCAGCCAGCCGCAGGCUGAGUUCGCCGGCUCCCCGCCUCCCCCACCGCAAGCGGAGUUCGGUCACCUGACGCUCAAGCAGCAGUACGCUGCCAUCGGCCAUCACCACCAGGGCACCCCGGAAUCCGACCGCAGCCUGGACUCCAGCCCCGUUCAGGUCAGCACCGCGUCGGUGGAGGAGGCGGAAGCCAAUGCGGUGUCCUCUGCGUCGCCUUCGGCGUCUUCCGUGAAUCCGAACAAGGUUAAAAUCCAGAUGGCCUCCCCCACCGCCCACCUCAUCAACAACGGCAGCGGCUCCGCAAACAUGCUGCCCGCAGGUCUCGCUGCCGGUUUCACCGCCCUUCAGAACCAAGAGAUGCCAAACCCGCAUCAAAACCCGAGCGGCUCGACUUCCCCGACCCUUCCCGGAUUCGGCACUCCGUGGUCCGUUCAGACCAGCUCCCCGCCACCGCCCGUCUCCAACCCCACCAAUCCGAACCACGCCAACCCACUGAACCAGAUCCACAGCUCUGAGCCCGACAACAGCUUCUAUCCCGGAAUCCCCUCCUCCAUCAACCCGGCCUUUUUCCAGAGCUUUUCGCCGGUGUCGGCUAAUCCCUGCGCGGGGAUUAACGUGCAGGGCUUCGGCGGUCCUUUCUCCCCCCAGAUCAGCCUCCCCCCGCAGCAACAGAGCCGGAGGUCGCCGGUCAGUCCGCAGAUGCAUCACCAGCACCAGGGCACCUUUCUCCAGCAGCGGAACAAUUACAACCACCAUCAGCCCAUGAUGAAGCAGUCUCCAUGGAGCAGUCACCAGGGCAGUGGGUGGAGCUCUGGGGGUAUGUCCUGGGGCGGGCUGCAGGGACGGGACCGUCGGCAGGGCGGCAUGGGUGUCCCGGGCACAGUGAGCCAGAUCUCGCCCAUGAAGAAGGCCUUCUCCAGCAGCGUCAUCGCCCCACCCAAGUUCCCCCGCUCAGCCCCCUCACUGGGCCCUAAACCUUGGAUAGACGAGAACGUGUUCCGCACUGACAGCAACAGCAACAGCCUGCUCCCCCUGCAGGAUCGAUCCAGGAUGUAUGACAGCUUGAACAUGCACUCUCUGGAGAGCUCCCUGAUUGACAUCAUGAGAGCGGAGCAGGACCCAAUGAAAGGGCGUAUGGGAUAUCCACACCCUGGGACAGACAAUCUGCUAAUGCUGAAUGCAAGGAGCUAUGGGAGACGACGAGGCCGCUCCUCCCUUUUCCCUAUCGACGACGGCCUCCUUGAUGACGGGCACGGCAACCAGGGGGUCCCGGGGGUGCUGAACUCCCCCAGCUGCUACCCCCACCAGAACGGCGAGCGCAUGGAACGCUUCUCCCGAAAAGUGUUCGUGGGGGGCCUUCCCCCGGACAUCGACGAAGACGAGAUCACCAGCAGCUUCCGGCGCUUCGGCCACCUGGUGGUGGACUGGCCUCACAAGGCCGAGAGCAAGUCCUACUUCCCCCCCAAAGGUUACGCCUUCCUGCUGUUCCAGGAGGAGAGCUCAGUGCAGGCCCUGAUCGAAGCCUGCCUGGAGGAGGAUGGCAAACUCUACCUGUGCGUGUCCAGCCCCACCAUCAAGGACAAACCGGUUCAGAUCCGGCCCUGGAACCUGAGUGACAGCGACUUUGUGAUGGACGGCUCCCAGCCUCUCGACCCCCGUAAGACCAUCUUCGUGGGAGGAGUCCCACGGCCCCUCCGAGCAGUGGAGCUGGCUAUGAUCAUGGAUCGUCUUUAUGGAGGCGUCUGCUACGCUGGGAUUGACACCGACCCGGAGCUGAAGUACCCAAAGGGGGCAGGCCGUGUGGCCUUCUCCAAUCAGCAGAGCUACAUAGCCGCCAUCAGCGCCCGAUUCGUCCAGCUGCAGCACGGAGACAUUGAUAAGCGGGUGGAGGUGAAGCCCUACGUGCUGGACGACCAGCUGUGCGACGAGUGCCAGGGGGCCCGCUGCGGGGGCAAGUUCGCGCCCUUCUUCUGCGCCAACGUCACCUGCCUGCAGUACUACUGCGAAUUCUGCUGGGCCAACAUCCACUCGCGCGCCGGCCGCGAGUUCCACAAGCCGCUGGUGAAGGAGGGCGCCGACCGUCCACGCCAGAUCCACUUCCGCUGGAACUAGCGCCACCGCCGGGGGGGGGGGGGCCGAAGUAAGCGCACCCUUCUGCCUCGCCUCGCUCAGCCUGCCAGUAUAGAGUUACACACACAGUACACAGCCCACCCUCUGUAGCACCCAGUACACUAAAGCUCUCAGUUUCUCACCAAAACCUCACAUCUCAGGCUCUGACAAAUAACCUUUUUUGUGGUACGUUCAUGUUUUUUAAAAGACGAUGACAAAAAAGAAAAGAAAAGAAAAAAACAGAGGAAAUUGAUUUUUUUGUAGUUUUUUCAAAUUAUUUUUCUAUGUAAGACCUAAAGUAGUGGAUAUGAGAAUGUUACUGCAUGGGGG